AUGGGUUUAGUCUACAACGAAGACAGAAAAUCACCAUGGUACUCAUCUGCUGUGGGAAGCAUCUCGAAUUACGGAACCAUGGAGAAAGAGCUGGCAAUGGUGUCAAGACUGUUGUGA